GGGCUCCGCGCCCCGCGCCCACCAUGUCUUAUCCGCAGGGCUACCUGUACCAGGCGCCCGGCUCGCUGGCGCUCUACUCGUGCCCCGCGUACGGCGCGUCGGCGCUGGCGGCGCCGCGCAGCGAGGAGCUGGCGCGCUCGGCAUCGGGCUCGGCCUUCAGCCCCUACCCGGGCUCCGCGGCCUUCACGGCGCAGGCGGCCACGGGCUUCGGCAGCCCGCUGCAGUACUCUGUCGACGCGGCCGCCGCCGCCGGCUUCCCGUCCUACAUGGGCGCGCCCUACGACGCGCAUACGACCGGGAUGACGGGCGCCAUCAGCUACCACCCGUAUGGCAGCGCGGCCUACCCGUACCAACUCAAUGACCCGGCGUACCGCAAGAACGCCACGCGGGACGCCACGGCCACACUCAAGGCCUGGCUCAACGAGCACCGCAAGAACCCUUACCCCACCAAGGGUGAGAAGAUCAUGCUGGCCAUCAUCACCAAGAUGACCCUCACGCAGGUCUCCACCUGGUUUGCCAACGCGCGCCGGCGCCUCAAGAAGGAGAACAAGAUGACGUGGGCCCCGAGGAACAAAAGCGAGGAUGAGGACGAGGACGAGGGCGACGGGUCGAGGAGCAAGGAGGAGAGUCCCGACAAGGCACAGGAGGGCACCGAAACCUCGGCGGAGGACGAAGGGAUCAGCCUGCAUGUCGACUCUCUCACGGAUCAUUCGUGCUCCGCCGAGUCGGACGGGGAGAAACUGCCUUGCCGCGCCGGGGAUCCCCUGUGCGAAUCGGGCUCGGAGUGCAAGGACAAAUACGACGACCUGGAGGACGAAGAGGAUGAAGACGAGGAGGGCGAGCGGAACCUGGCGCCACCCAAGCCUGUGACCUCGUCGCCGCUGACCGGCGUGGAGGCGCCGCUGCUGAGCCCUCCCCCGGAGGCUGCUCCACGCAGUGGCAGCAAGGCGCCGCUGGGCAGCCGGACGUCGCCGGGCGCGCCACCGCCCGCCAGCAAGCCCAAGCUGUGGUCGCUGGCGGAGAUCGCCACGUCGGACCUCAAGCAGCCCAGCCUGGGUCCGAGCUGCGGGCCACCAGGGCUGCCCGCGGCUGCGGCGCCCGCUUCGUCAGGGGCGCCGCCGGGCGGCUCUCCCUACUCUGCCUCGCCGCUGCUCGGCCGCCACCUCUACUACACGUCGCCCUUCUAUGGCAACUACACAAACUAUGGGAACUUGAACGCGGCGCUGCAGGGCCAGGGACUCCUGCGUUACAACUCGGCGGCCACGACCCCCGGCGAGGCGCUACACGCCGCACCCAAGGCGGGCAGCGACGCGGGCAAGGCGGGCGCACACUCGCUUGAAACCCACUACCGGCCCCCAGGCGGCGGCUACGAGCCCAAGAAAGAUGCCAGCGAGGGCUGCACGGUUGGCGGGGGUGUCCAGCCCUACCUAUAGAAGGCCGGUGCGCAGCAGUGCAAGUAAGUGGGCCCUUGCCGAUGACCUCCAGGAGCAAUUCCGCUGUAAACUUGCUUAAUGUGUGUUUCCUGCUUUUUGUCACGGGGUUGGAGGACGGAGCUUUGCAAUCUUCUCUGGUCUUGUUUUUCUUUAAGGAGAGUAUCUGUUCUAUUUUAUAGAUUCUCUGUUUCUCUCAAGUUCUUUUUUUGAAGGAUCACUCCUUACCGGAAAUAUAUUAACACCACUGCUGUUGUUUCCUCUCUGAGAAAAAAGAAAUUAUGAAAACCUGGGCAUUUGUAUGCAAUUUAGAACCAUUUUCACUUUACUAGACACAUAAUAGACAUCUGUUUUGAUGAGCUAGUGCUACUGAGACUUUGGGCAUCAAGACUCUUAUUAAUGAUGGCUGCAGAGUAAGACUGAGGAGACACCGAGAAGCGUUAGGCUUUCUUUUGUCAGGCAGAUGGACUAGAUAGGACACUGUGGUUCACCUGGCUCAAAGCAGUGUCUCCCAGUAUACUCUACUACUAGGCAAAACUACUAAGCACAGGUCUUGAAGAUGGGGAAGAGGCGGAACCCUUUCAGAUCGGCUCAUUUUUAUGUUGUGAUGGUGUUGGUGUGGAACUGAAGGAUUUGGGAUGAUUUGGUUUUUUCCUUGGUCCACAGGUAGGUGUCACAAUUGCUUUGAAAAAAACAAAACAAAACAAAAAGUCAGCAAGCCAGCUUACCAAGCUAAUAAAUAUACAGAUAUAAAAACCAGACCUCUCAGUCCGGAUUGCAUCUUGUGCCACUGUGAGUGAAAAGAAUCCACAGAGCAGUACCACACCAUAGACUCUAAUGAUCAGAACAGACUUUUGUUGGGCCUGUGUGAAUUUGUUGGCUUAGUAUAGCUUCUCCAAUGUACGUGUGACUUUUGCAAACAAUCUGUUUUUUUUUUCCUCAGGAUAUCUUGAUCACUUCAUUGCCACGGCAUAUAUUCUAUAGGUGUGAUAGGAUUGACUGUAAAAUUUAUUUGUAAAAGAUGUACACAGUAGAAAUAAUAAAAUGUGAUUGAAGAACUUGAGUACUUAAGAAGUGGAAACAAAUUUGAUAUUUAUUUUUAUAAUGAUAUAAAGCUUCUAGUAAUUUAUGCAAGUUGUAUUGCAACGGAAUCUAAACUUUUUGUAAAUAAAUUCUGCCUGGUUUUUAUUUGAACAUUGCUGGUUAUACAAUCUUUGUUGGUUGUUUAACAAGAAUUCUUUACUAAUUUAUAUCUUAAAUUGUAAAUAAAAACACUAGUCUCCAAUAA